GAACGCGCUGAACAGCGGCUCGGCGUCCGCCGGCGGCCCAUGUGUUUCAGAGGAGGCGCUGGGAGGCAGAGGUUUCGCCCCGGAAUAGGAGGCGAGCUGUGCGCUUACAGCGGCUCGGUCACAGCUGGCAGCCUUGAUGACGGAGCAGGAGGAAGUGUGAGCAGUUCCCAGCCGAAAGCAGGCCGAAGGAGAGAAGCCCAGGUAGAUGCGGAGCCCCCCAGCACCGGUGGACCUUUAGUGGACCCUCCUGCACGGAGCUGCGCGCCUCUGGAGUCGCUGAACCCCCUUUUUUUUUUAGAGUCUGAUGUGGGCAUGCUGAGCAUGUGUGUGUGUUAGAAAGGCUCGGAGAGAGUGCUAGAUAAAGUUACCCCCUAGAACCCCUUUAGUCCCCCUGUAAGUGAGCGUUUUGGGCUGUGUGAGUGAGUGGAAAUGAGGCGAGUCACGGCACCGUGGGCCGCCCGGAUGGUGGCGGCCGUGCUGGCGCUGCUAGCCGGCCAGGGUCGCUCUGAAGGCGGGGAGGCGAGCCUGGCUGACCGGGUGAUCUGGGCGGUGAACGCUGGAGGCGAGGCGCACACGGACACGCACGGCAUUCAGUACAGGAAAGACCCUCUGGAGGGGAAGGUGGGCAAAGCCUCAGACUAUGGCAUGCGUCUGCCGAUCCUGCGGUCCAGUCCCGAAGAUCAGGUCCUGUACCAGACAGAGCGAUAUAACGAGGACACGUUUGGGUACGAGGUGCCGAUCCGAGAGGAGGGAGACUACGUCUUGGUGAUGAAGUUCGCCGAGGUUUACUUCGCCCAGUCCCAGCAGAAGGUGUUUGAUGUGCGUUUGAACGGUCACAUCGUGGUGAAGGAUCUGGACAUUUUUGACCGUGUUGGUCACAGCACAGCUCACGAUGAGAUCGUUCCAUUCUCCAUACGGAGGGGAAAGCUGAGCGUUCAGGGAGAAGUGUCCACUUUCAACGGCAAACUAACCAUCGAGUUUAUAAAGGGUUACUACGACAACCCCAAGGUGUGUGCACUGUAUGUGAUGAAAGGGAAACCAGAAGACGUGCCUAAGCUGCAGCCGCACCCCGGUCUGGAGAAGCGAGAGGAGGAUGAGGAGGAGGAGGAGGAGGUGGAGGUCGGAGAGGACGGUGUGAAGAAGAGCACCUCUACCUCUCGGAAAAACCCCGUCCGCUCCGGCCCGCGAACGCCGAACCCGUACGCCGCCGACAACAGCAGCCUGAUGUUCCCCAUCCUGGUGGCGUUCGGGGUUUUUAUCCCAACACUGUUCUGCCUCUGCCGCCUGUGAGGGGCGAGUGAGGUGGGGAGGGGGUCUGGGGGGCGGACAGCAGGCUGCGGAGGGGUGGGGGGGGCAACACGGAGGGACACGGACACAAAAAACGAGACAGAGAGAGAGAGAAUGAGAGAAAGAGAGACAGUGAACAGUAUGUGGUCGUGUCAGAAUUUGCAUAUUGCUCUUGUUCAGCAGGAGGACGAUGACAUCAGCAGGGUUAAAGGAAUAGUUCAGUCCAAAACGCUAACGGUGCCAAGCGCUAACAGGGUCCUGCCUCAAGGCGGAAUGUUUCACAACAGCAGCAGUAUUUCAGGAACUAAAUAACCUAGAUGCAGAGGGGGGGGGGUUGCCGUGACGACCCUCACUGUCAUGAUAGUACUGUAAAACAAGCAAACAAACAAACGAACCACACGUAAACACGCGUGACCAACUCGCACGUCACACUAACGGUGAAUGAGAUUCUACCGCCAUCUGUUAGCGUUAUGCUAAUUACAGGCUGAUAGCUUCCAUUCAUCACACAGGCCACGUUAGCGCUUGGCACGAGCUGUUCCUUUGAGUGAUCUGGUUAAUUUAUUCGUGUGUUUCUGUUUUUGCGCACAUGUUUUAAUACUUUUGAGCUUUUCUAAAGCUGUAUGUUCCACACAGCCAUGACAGGACUGACCACUUUGCAAACCAGGUUCAUCCUGUCCGACAGGAAAUAACGGGGCGAAGCUCAGAGCGCUGCUUGUGAUUGGCUGACCUGCUCUUUUGAUAGUGUUUUGACAAACAAAGCCCAGAUAAUUGUGUCAGUUCACUGAUUUCAGCAGGGUGUGAAGGGUAACAUGAUAUUUUUUCUUUCUUUUUU